CCAUCGCCAUUAAAGCUCAUUCCACGACGAAGGGCUCUACGAGGAAGGUGGUCGACUCAGAACGGUAUUGUUAGCCCAUUUUCAAAGAAGAUAAAGAAUAAAGUAAUUCUGUGAUACUUUUAUACUUUUUAAAAAUUAGUCAUGAGCGAGCAAUUUUGCCUGAAAUGGAACAACCACCACACGACCCUCGUUACCGUAUUCGAUAAGCUUUUUGAGUGCGAAUCACUCGUGGAUUGCACGCUGGCUGCCGAAGGGAAGUUUAUGAAAGCUCACAAAGUCGUUCUGUCCGCUUGCAGCUCGUAUUUAGAGGAAAUCCUGAAGAAUCACGAUGACAAACAUCCGAUUCUUAUAUUUAACGAUAUCAGUUUUGAUGAGCUUAAAGCUAUGUUGGAGUACAUGUACAGAGGAGAGGUCAACGUAUCUCACGACCAACUGAGUACAUUUAUAAAAGCGGCCGAAGCAUUAAAAAUAAAAGGUCUCACGACGGAUCAAGGAGGGGGCACGGCAUCGAGCAAUGAACUGCGUAGAAAAGUCGGACUGAAAGACAGCAGGUCUCACAGCCCCGUCGUCGGCAUGACGCCGGUCGAAAGGCCGUCUUCGCCGAAACGGAAACGGAGACGGUCACGGGAUGAGAACUUUCCUGGCGACUCGAACUCUUGCGAUACAGCUCCGACUCCUCCUCCAUCCCAAAAUGCUGCCAAUAUGACUCCAAAAACAGAAGAAAAAACUGUGAAAGUAAAGAAAGAAUCCACCGGAGAUACGACACCUACGCCUUCUAAACUCCUACAACCUAAAAUAGAAUAUAUGGACGAUACAAGGAAUAUGGAAGAGUAUUCUCUGGAAGAAGAUGAGGAAUACGGACCUAACCCCGGGACAUCACAAGGAUCAUUUUUUGGCCAAGAUUUCAACAAUUGGGCAGGAUCGGAGUCACAACAUGACGACGUUUCUAUUGGAUCUCAACACGAACUAAAUAAUUCGGCUGGCAACUCUCAAGGUACCCCUCUUCAGUUUUACAGUACUCAGAGUACCUUUGAUUUGAGUUGGACACCAAAAAAUGACAGUCACAUUCUUUCAACUGCUAUGCUCUUCUUUCUUCUUGUUAGUUGUUACUGUUUUGUGGCUUUUUUGGUGCCGCUCAAAUUGAAGGGCAUGAAGUAUUUAAAUACAGGUAAGGCGGUUCUCCCGCCCAGCCUUAGCAUGAAAACUACUAACUCCCCAAACUCAAUUAACCCAUUUAUUUUUAUUCUUUUUUUCUUUCUUUUUUUCUCUCUUUUUUUAUUUUAUUUUAUUUUUAUUUUUUUACUUUUAAUUUUCCGAUAACUGGGCAUUCGUUAAUGCCAUUCGGGUCAUUCCGCCGUACAUGAAAAAUUAAUGCAGUUUGAUCGGUGAGAGCCUAUCCGUUUGUUGCUAUUUAAAAAUAAUAAAUUCACGGUUUAUUGAUACUAAGCGAGCGAUGCAAACUUGAAACACAUUUCGCAUUGUAAAGGAAAAAAAAAGUAAGCGAGCGAUGCAUUUGCGAAUGUGUUUUUUUUAUUAGAUAUCCGCCAAAAACCGCGAUAAUACAAGUAAUGCAACCCAUGCAUUACUUGCUCGUUUUUUUCUUUUGCUUGUAAAGUCGGGAGUGUUAAAAGUGCCAAUUCAAAACAGAAGACUGAUGAGAUGACGUCUGCACCAAAAACCAUGGUAAGUAGUUGGAGAGACGAUAACCCAAGAAGAGGAAAUUGACGCAGGAAUGAAGACUUGAGUGAGUAUGUGUAAAGUGAGUGUACCAAAUAAAAAGCCAAUUUUAACUUUUAAGUUCCUUUUAAUCUCAGGGCUUUAAAAUCUUUUCAAUUUUUUUUACAUUAUUUGUUGUUUAAUAAAUUACCUGGCAAUUUAGUUAAAUUACUAAUAAACAGAACGGUUGUUUUAAUUCUUUGGGUAUUCGUAUAAACAGAAAUAUUUCCAAAUUUAUUGUAUCUUGUCUGGUAUUAACAGCUAGAUCAGAUCUAGCUGUUUGCACCUUACAUUAUUCAAUUGAUUGGGAGACAUGUCUUGAAUAAUACUCGAGUGUUUUAAGGAACUGGAGUGAUCUGUUGUAAUUUUACUAAAAUGUCAGAUAUUAUUUUAUUUAUUUUUUAAUUAAUUUUUAACAAAUGGCUUGGCCAAUUAAAAAUUUUAAGCAGUUUUUAAAAAUAUUUUUUGUUUAGUUCCAAGCCAUGAUAUUGUAAAUAAUGUAUUCUUUUACAGUUAAAUUCAUCGAACUAACAGGGUCAGUUUCAGAUGAGCUUUUUGUAGUAUGACAUGGAGUCAUCUUGCCUAUUAAUGCUAGCAGACUGAGAAGAGAAUUUCCUACAAAAUUAUGGUAACAAUUUUUUUAAGUUCAGCCAUAACAGGGCGUGACUGAUUUAUUAAAAAAAAAAAAAAAAUAAAUUCAGUUCUUUUGCCAAGAGUGUAUAGGUAAGUAUUUCCUUCGGGCCGGUUAAUUUUUUAUUAAACUCUAAAUUUAGAAUGAAGAAACCAAAGUUCUGUGGUAAAUUAACACCAUUUCGGUUUGAUUAAUUUUUUACGUUAAUGGUUUAAUAUUUUUCCUUGAAGAGUUGCUGCAUCGAGCAGUGCUUAGAUCAUGUGCAUAAGAAAAACAUUUUUAAAAA